AUGCUGAAGCGAGUGUGGGGGCCAGGAGGCGAGGAGCUUUAUACCAAGGAUGCCUGCACAGUCGGUUCGCGCACGCGGCGGCGGGAGAGUCCACACGACACGGACAGACCCAUGGCCCAUGGGGGGGGUGGUGAGCGACGACCCAUCCGUCCAUCGGUCCAGUCCAUCCAUCGUGCCAGGGAAGGGGCAGCAGACAUGUCGACGGGGAACGGACGGCAGGGCCGUGAGAACGCCUCUGCAGGGGGGUGGCCGUGGACGUGGGUACGAAGCCGACGUGGGAAGUUGGAAGAAGUGGACUGCGGAGUGUGGGUGGAAAGGAGAAAGGGGGGGCGUGUGUGGUAUGGGUGGUGUGGAGGGCGUGCGCCUCCCAGCCUGAGCUGUGGUGGGUGGGCGGGCCAGACGCCAGGCACGGCGGGCUGCCGGCCACACCUGGCAGCUGGCGGCGGCGGCGGCGGCGGUACGAGCCCUGGAGGAGCUUGCCGUGAGAUGGCAUGA